UCAGUGGUUGAAAAAUAGCAUGGAGAUGAAUGAAAAACUCUGAGUGCCCUCAGCUGUGUUGUUUUAAAUUGCAUUGCAGGCUACAUCUGCCAUGCCACACACAUUAAUAUCACAUUCCCUGCUCAUGAAUUAGACAGAAUUCAUGUCACCCAGCGACCCAACUGGCUUUUUAACUCUUGAGACUGCCCAGCAGCAGACGCAUCUUCCCAGAGAUCAUAAAUAUCUAAUUGUACUUUCUGCUAAAUGUUGUGGAACAGAAAAGAUAUGUGAGAUUUUGGACGAUGACGACAACAGCUAGCUAAAAGGGUAACCUUAAGAGACCUUUAUCCCGUUUCUGUUUGAAUAUCACGACUCAUCCUGAAGCAAAGAUAAAGGCUCCUGUUUAAAUGCAAGUUCAUAUAUUUAGUUUUCAUGUGGAAAACUAAAGGUGACACAGUUGUCACAUUCUGAAUACCACAUUCAGCUUUAAGUCAACUUUAGUUUCACACAAGCCAUAACUGCGUCUGCAAAAACAACCCAAAGAAACUGUAAUUUGAAAUAUCUGGUAUCUAUCUAUAGAUCACGUUGGUGUUAUUUAACCCUUUUGUUACUACGCCAGUUUUUGUGGCUGGACCCGCUGAAGUUUUGGGUUUAUAAUUCAACCCCUUUAAUGUUAAAAUAAUUAAAAGUAGUUCACUUCAUCCAAAGUUUAAGCAAUCUAAACAACAUAUAUGGUUAAUAUUUGGCAGGGGCAGAAACAGAAAUCUCACACUCUCUCUCUCACACAAACACAAGCCACAGAAACAUAUACUACAAGGAGGCCCAGACAUGAGGAGGACACAAUGAAGGUACAUAGAACCUACAAUUUUGGUACAGUGUUUGGUCAUUGAAAAAUUUCCUGAUGUAUGUUUUUCACAGAAAAUAAGCCAAGGCCAAUAAGAAUGUAUUUGAAAAAAUAAUGAAUUGUAUAAUUUUUCUUUCAAUAAAAAAUUUAAACGGAUCCCACAGACCCGAACACCAUACAAGGGUUAAAAAAAGCAUGUGAAUAACACAUGCUAUUAUACCCAAUAUAGACAAAAGUAUUGGUACAACCCCUUCUAAUAAACAGGUUUGAUUACUUUAGAUAAUUUUCAUGAGAACAAACAGCACAUAAUGAUAUUCUAUGCAAUGUGUGCUUCUAUUUUUUAGCAACAGUUUAGACAGGGCCCUUUUCUAUUUCAACAUGACCCUGUCGCACAAAGCAAAUUUUAUGUUAAUCAUGAACAUUUACUGAGUAACUUUUAAUCAAAAGCCACUGACUGCAACUGUAAUGCUUCAGAUGAGGACUGGCCCUCCUGGCUGAGACUGGUUUCACCGGAGGUUUUUCUCCAUUUAUUCAUCAUUAAAGUUGCUUCCUUGCCACCGUUGUCAUGUUGUCUUGAUCACCAGGAGACUGCUGAUAUUAGAUUAGUUUAAAGUUCUGCGAAUUCAAUUAACAUUGCUUUUAUUUUGGUCCUCUCUGUUUGUACUCUUCAGACUUAAUUUGUACACUUUUUGUGUUAUCCGUUAUCCGUUUUGAGUUUCCGUUCUGUCAAGUGACAGGUGCAGAUGAUCCACACCAUAUAAAGGUCAUCUUAUCAUUAGUGACAGACUCAGAUGAGGUGGCUUUUGCCAUAGUGCCAUUAACUGGGUGAUACUGAUCAGAGUUAUUCUAUAAAAAUUAUGAAUAGCGGUCCAAGCUCAUUAUGUGAGUGUUUGUGCUUGGACAUCUUCAGACACAAAAGAGCCAGAGUGUAUUUCAAUGACAAGCAUUGUUCGGUUAAAGCAUUAUGCAGUGUCAAAGGUUUAGAAUUGUUGUGAACACAGUGGCACCUGCCUCAUUGUUAAGGACAAGCAGUUGACCUGCAGGUGAAGGAAACGAGAGAUGGAGAGAAAUGCAGCCUCAGUUAACUUUGGAUUCCUGAUAUCUCUCACAAAAAAAUAUUCAAAACUGUUAUUGUACUACUUGACUGAGGAGUAUCUUCCUGCAGUGGAAGGAUAGAUCAGCCUACUGUUCAAUCCCCCUCUGCCUCUCACACUGCCAUUCAUUUCAUUCAUUUACCUUCUCAUCUUGUUUAUCAACCACCCUGAAUACUCCCUCUUACCAUCUCUCAUAUACGACUACCAAUACAUCAGAAACCUACAAAAGCUUAAUUUUAAUAUAGGUCUUGCCCUGUUCCUCCCUUUAUCUCCAUCUCUUCCAUUCUGUGUUGGUGAAGUGCUAAUACCAGUGUAGGGGUGAACAAGUGCUACAUUAUUGGCAGGCAGGCAGCUGGGAGGGAGGGCUGUUUUAGGAUUCAGCCAGAGAAGCACUCUGCUGCACAAGCCUGGGACUCCAGGGACAACGUCGGAUUAGUGGUCAGAUAUGGUGACACAUCCUGCAAUUCUAUGUGAAGGAAUAUGCGUGUUUUUGAUCUGUAGCAAACGUGCAGUACAUUGACGUUUUUCGAUUUCUUUUUAAUCAAUUGUCCGUUUUUCAAUAUAAGAUUAAUUUUUCAAUUUGUUUGUCACUAUAACUUAAAACAUACAAUUAUAACAACAGCUGAUUUGACUGCAGCCUUUUCAGCUCUAAUACUAGAAUGUUAUAGGGUUGAAACGGAAGUAAUGAAGCUGAUCUACUUAAAUUCUGUGUGGCCAUGUUCACAGCUAAAGAAAACAAAAUAUAUUUUUUAUCUGUCGCCAUAAGAAAUGCACAUGUCCCCUGUUAUUAAUAACCAGACGCACAGACUGAGAUUAGAUUAAACGUCAUACGCCUUAUCUGAAGCGUUUCACAUUAAAAUUGAAAAAAGACUUUAGUCUGUGACGGUAGCUACUUUUAGUGAUGCUUGUUGAUCUCGUAGAGUAAAUCACAUGAAUCAUUUAACAGCCGUUUAUUUUCUGGCCAGUCGUUUGCUGUGGACGUCGUUUGGAACGGUUUUCCUCUUAUUGGUCGAGCCUUAUGCUGAUUUGAGAGACACAGAGUUAGUUUGCCAACCCCGUCUGUCAGUGGUCUCGCGGGUUUGGAGAUGCCAAAGCGCCUCCUCGCUGCUCACGCGCUCACACACAGAGCUGGAACUAUCCACAGAUGCCUCUUCUUCGUUUAGGUACUUAAACUGCAUCUAAAAUCGUCGAGUUUCCAUUUAGUUUUAUUUUUGUUUCGAGGACAUAUACACGGGAUUGUUUUGUGAUGGGUGGUGGAAACGAAUCGCGGAUCUUUUCUCUUUUUAUGGAGUCCGAAGUGAGCUUAUUUCCCACUGUUGAAAGCAAGUUUUAUCUUGAUAAGAAGCGUAUGGUCAAACAGAGGAUUCUUUAGGAGCGAAAGGAUACCUGCUCGAGUAUACCAUAGAAGAUCCUGCAGAACGCAUAGAUUUCACAACAGAAAAGGGGUGUUCUGGUCCGCAACAUUGGAUUUUACGUUUUGGCUGACUGACGCAGCAUCCUUUUGGAGUAUCUUAUUUGGAGAUUUCAGACCGUUUAUUGUACAUUUCGGAGAAAUAAAUUGUGUCUUCAAAACCAACACCAGACGAAGUUAUGAAGAUGGUGAUGAAAUAAAACCUGUAUAUUCCGGUCAAAUGACCACUUUCACUCGUUCUCCAAUCUGACCAUUUUAUUUAUGACAUGGAAAAACGGGGUCUCUACGGUGUCUUGUAUUAUUUGAUCCUGAAUGCACCCCUGCUAUUCUUUGUAAAUGCCUCAUUUACUGAAGUGCCCAAAGAUGUGAGUGUCGGAGAGGGCGAGGACAUAGAGAUGCCGUGCGCUUUUCGAGCCGUUGGAGUCUCGCCGUUCUCUUUGGAGAUUCAGUGGUGGUACCUCAAGGAAUCAGCCCCUAAAGAGCUCGCUCACGAACUUCAGAUUAGCGCUCCGGCCAACAGACCCAAGGUUGCCCACCGGGACGCCACAAAAAUAAGCACGGUAAGAGUCCAGGGCAACGCCAUUUCCCACAAGCUUAGCCUGUCGGGCGUCCGGAAGGAGGACGAGGGCGUGUAUGAGUGUCGGGUAUUGGACUUGUACUCUGACGAGACUCAGGAAAACAAGGUGCAGGCCACUCUGAGCGUGGCGCCACGGGAGGGAAUGCUGGCCGAGGAGGCCGUGUCGCAUAUCCAGAACCGAUGGCCGCUGAGAAACAGUAACACGGCGACGGGCGGACGGGCCACAUCCGAGCCGGGCCAAGGUCAGGGAAAACCCCGCGUGCCUCCACCGCUCGGAAUCGGACCCGCUCCCGCCUCAACCACCACGACUGACACUGCAGUCAAGUCUUCAGCCUCGCCUCGGCCGGGCAAUUCAUCCAUCCUGAGACAACAGCACGGAUUCGGUUCCGGAACAAUGGCGACCACUGAGCCGCUCCUUUACAUCACUCUGCUGAUCCUGCAUAAGCUCCUCCCCUUCCUGUUUGCCUACUAAGAGACCACAACCAAACAACUCGCAAUUUCACUUUAUGUACCAAACGACAAAGGGAAAAAUAUUACUACGUAUAUAUAUAUAUAAAUAUAUAAAAAUAAAUAUAUCUACCAUUAUGGCACAUCACAGAGAGGGAUGGGAUGCGAAGAUAAGAUAAGAUCAGCGUAUGAUUCGGAGUGUAAGAAAACAUCAGAAUUAUAAAAAACAGCCAUGUUCUUUUCUGGGACUUGUGUAGGACAUUUGACUCAGAUUUGGAUGUAAAAAUGGAUUCUAUAAGAAGCAUGAUGAAAAACACACAAAAAAGUAAAAAAAAAGGAGUCUUUGUGAAUUAGAGCUUCACAACUGUGUCAUUCACACAACUGACAUCCAUAAACGCUGCAUCAGAUUUCCAAAUACUAGUGUUUGCCUUGCUAAAUGCAUGGCUUUUCUAUUUUCAUUUUAGGGUUUUCAUUUUUAUUUUAAGAUUUUACAUUUCAGUUUCAUCAUUGUUCUGAUUUAACUAUAUGAAUAAUUGAAUCAUGAAUGCCUUCUAAUUUUAAUUUGAUGAUUUCAUUUUUAUGGUUUAUUUUUACAUUUUCCCAACCUUUUUUUUCGUUUUUGCAUGAAUGGUUUCAUUGAAGUAAUGUCGAACAGGACACUCUUUCAUGUCAGUCCUUUCCACAAGACUGUGUGUAAUACUGUGUAUUCUGUUUCCUCACAUCUGACUUUUGAGUUCUCAAGCUUUUUGGCCUCAUAAUGUAUAAAAAUGCAACCUUAUAUAUUUUGAUCAAAAAGACAUGUUACCAUACUUGUUGUUAGUCACCUCUAAUGAUGUUUAUUUUUAUUAAAGGUAUGGUGGUCAAGAAAAAAUGUAAAAAGAAAAAAACAUUGGUAUGUUGCCAACAUCAGUUGAAAUAAAAGUUGUUUCUUUUUUUA